AGUGUGUAUGCGGAAGGCGGGGAAUGUUGGAGAUCCCUUCAUCAGGAAGCGCCUCAGUCUGGGCUCUGACAUUCGUCAUGAUCGGGAUUUCCUUCAUUCCCUGGUGACUCAGAAUAAAAUGUCAAAUGUUUUCUUUAGGUGUAUCCUUGGUAUACCUCCCUUGAUGAUUCUUCUGAUCCCAAACGUCGCACUUCCUUGUAAGAACAAAAACUUAAAUAUGACUGAAGUAAUAAAUGACUUCCAGUACGUUAUAUUUCAAGAUUUGCAGCACUUGUUAGAACUUUUGGCUACCAAAAGUAAUAACAACAACUGCAGAAAACCACAGAAAUCAAAACCUUUUCCUUGCCUUAAUGGAAAGGAAAUUCCCUCAGUCCAUCGCUUGACGUGUUCGGUGCUUUAUAUUUCUAAGCAAUAUAACUUUGACUUUAAUCAGGAGAUAAUAAUCUUAUCCAAGCGAACUGAAAAAACAUUGAGAUGUAGUUGUGAUCAUCAAAAGAAAAACAGAAAAAAUCACAACAGGAAACCCAAUAUAUCGUCAAUAAUCAACGGCAAGACAAAAUGCCCAACAAAGAAGCUUCUAAGAAUAAAAGAAAAAAUUUCAGAUAUAAACUUAUGCUGGAAAAAAAUAUUUAAACUCACAGAAAUCUGAAUAACUUUUUAUUAUGACACAUUGUGUUAAUCAUGAAGAGGAUACCUUUUGCAAUUGUGCUGAUGACUAGAUUCUGAUUUGAACUGCAUACAUUCUUGUCAACUCUAGCGGUAUGCUCUGUUGAAUCACUGCAUUACUGAAGGCCAGUACAAUAAGUGCAAGUCCAUGUCCUAAUUGACCAAACAUCAGGCCAGUGAAUGAGACAUCAAACUGAGUCUUUGCCCUUUCAAGUGGAUGUGAAAGAUCCUGUGUCAUUGGCUGAAGAAUAAUGGAGGAGUUCUCUUAUUAUCUCAUUGUUGGUUGUGGCACAAAUUAACUGUCACGUUAUCCAUAACCGUGACUAUGCAGGAAAAAUACUUCAUUGAUGUAAGAAUUCCAGAUAUUUAAGUGAAUUAUCUCUUUAACUCCUCAAACUCAAGUUUCCAAGUGAUUUGAAGUGACAGUCCUUAUGGGCGACAGUGUUGAUAUUUUAUUUGUGUAAGUAAGUUUUGACAAAUGCUCAUAUCUGAACAAUGAGCAUUACUAGUGCAGUCAGGAUAGAAUUGUGAUCUCUUAUUACAUAUUACAUAAUCAUGCUCAUGUACCAUUGCAUCAGUCAACCUGUUAUGUAAAAGCUAUGCAAGGAGAUCUUAGGGAAUGUUUGGGAAUCUCCUCAUAGACUUGCUUUCCAUAAAAAAGGCUGUAGAGACCAAUUACAUCCAGCUUUACUACAAUCGAGUUGGCCAAUUACACAAGGUGCCCAAGCCAGGUCAUAAUCCUCAUGACCUUAAACUUUCUAUGAUCAGUGGAACCAAUGUCAACUGAGAGAAGCGAUCACAUUGGCAACCAGAUACUUGUCUGGGAUUCAAGAUGCCGUUGUUCUCUCUGUCCCUUCUCUGGGUCUACAGAACGUUGGUGAGGCAUUCUUUCUCACUUCUUACAUAGUGUGCUCACACAUUCUACCACGUUCCUGCUUAAGUUUAACCCUCGCACAAUUUGUUUGAUGAAGGCCUAAAUUGUAGUUACCCAUCAGGACACCUCUUAGUUGCCCUUAACCAAAGUGGAUCACAGAUUGUGUUAACAAAAUGGUUAUCAAACAAUGAGUCACAAUAUUUGAGAUUAUUGUUGAUAAUCAGCCAGAAGAGCAGAAGCAGGGCUUCCCCAAGAUUCACAGACAGUGAAGCAGUUGGGGACAUUUUGAGGUUGUUUAAAGAUGGGAUAUAAAUGCAAUUUCUUCCCUGCCUCGCUUUUGACAUUAUAACAUAUACAUUUUAAGCCAACGUUUUUUUAGCAGCUUUGUGAAAGUCACAAUUGGACACUUGUUUAUUUUGGUUCCAAUGUGUUGCUUUGUUUUUAAAUAAAGGAUUACUUUUGUAGAAAUAUGUAGAAACCAUGUGAGCCAUAAGUACCUUUCAUAUUGUAGGAUGCACACAAAAUUGCGGACAAGAAAUUAAAUGUAUUUUUUAAAAUAACAACUCAGCAAAUUUCCCCUGUGUUGCAGCUUGUGUUCUCUGUGGUUAGAAUACAGAUCUGCUCUGUCAGGCAGGUACACAAGUGAGAAUUUGAGAGCAGGGAAUAUCUAAAAGUAGCAUUUUGUAUUGCAACGUGGAAGGUAAGUAGAAAUAAUGUUUUUCGACUUGUUCUCCAAAUGUAGUUGACUUUGUAAAACCCUCCAAGAGUACUGUAUUUCUCAAACUUUGGCAUCUUUAUCCUGCUCCCCUCAAAACAAACCCAAUUGCCUCCAGCUCACUAUAGGCAGUUUUAUCUAUCCAAAACUCUAACUUUUCCUCCCUAAUCCCUUCCAUCUCACUGCUCCUAAGGCACAUCUUAAAACUUACAUAUCCUCAAAAUGCCCACACACUGCUACCUUCCCCCUUUCAUAUUCCAUUGUCCACUAUCCGGAGGGAGGGCACACAGGACUCCAAAAGUGCAUUCACCUGUCUUUUUGGUCUCUGUUCCCAACAUGCGUGCCUGUGGAGCAAUGUAAACAUACCAUGUUUUUGCCCAGAUAUAUCAUGAGCCACGCAUUAAAAUAUGUUUUGUCAUUAAUUCAGUCUUAAUUCCCUGGAAUGCAUCUGACACAUUAUACAAUGCCCUAUAGUCUCUAAAGUCUCUUGUCCCUUUUGUCAAUCUUCACUUAUUUUCUUCAAGCAGUUGUUCUAAGCUCCCAGAUGCUAGCAGUAUACUCCACAGCUAAUAUAGCCCGUUUAUUCUCAUUUUCUUUUCCUGCUGGGUAUCUGUAACUCCAGCAGAAGAGGGACCUGGUCGUUAACUAAUGUCAGUCUUUGUCAGUUGUUAUUUAUUCCCUUUUGACAGUGGAAUGGGUCAUUUCGUGCAUGGGAUGAAUACACUCUACCGGGUCUAUAGUCCAUAUCCUGAUCAUUUCUAUCUCCUCAACAUUAUUUGUAUUUUCCCUUUGUAUCUGGACUUAAUUUCCAAUAGCUUGUCCUCUUCUAGUAAACCAUCUAAAUAUGUGCCAUAUCCCUAGCAGUACUAACUUAUUCCCAAGGCUCCAAACAGUACAUUUUCAAUUUAUUCUUCCAUUCCUGGUAGGUCAAUAUUCAUCAUCUUUAUGUAACUUUAGUUGGGACGAACAUUUCUACUGGCCUUUAUGUUUCAUGUCUACAGAUUCAUAAAAGUCACUCUUCAUGAUCUUGGCAAGUGGCCCCACAUAUUUUGGGGCAAACCUAGCACAGUUAGUGGGUAACCUGCACAAGAACUCUGUCCCCGAUCAGUCCAUUCAACUCUAAGUUCCUUACUCCUUAUUGAUCUUUUGCUUCCUGACGUAGCUUCUUCUGAUCCAACUAAUCUACAUAUCAUUGGGGUUUAGAUCAGAGCGGUGCUGGAAAAGCACAGCAGGUCAGGCAGCAUCCAAGGAGCAAGAUAAUCGACAUUUCAGGCAAAAGCCCUUCAUCAGGAUCUCUAUUCCUCAGGAUCCUCUAUUCCUGACGAAGGGCUUUUGCCUGAAUUGUCGAUGUUUUCAUGGCUUUUCAUGGCUCCAACUUAGCCCUCUCCUACUUUUAGGAAUUUCAUGACCCUUCCUGUCUUUAAUUUGAUUGGUGUUAGGUUGGUUGUCUGAUUUGGGGUGGCUUAGUCUCUUCAGAAUGCAGGGGAGCACAUCUACCCAGCCCUUUCCUGUUUCCACUGUUUUUUCGGGUAUAGCAUUUUUAAGGGUUUUAUUCAUCCUCUCUUCCAUCCCUGAAUGUUGUGGGCCCUGCAGGAAUUGGAAUCGCUGCUGCCUGUCCAAGUGACUCCACGCUUUCUUCAUAACACUUCCUGUGAAGUGUGUUCAUUGAAUUGAUGUGAGUCAGACCCCUCUCUUCUGUCCCAGAAUGAAUACCAAACUUUGGACCAGCCUGGUAUGGAGCCUUCUAUCAGAAUUUCUCAAGGAUGUACCUUAUUAAACUGUCCCUGUACAAGCAGCUGUAUUUGCUUCUAUUUCACAAGACUAUUGUAUGCAUUUCAGAAGAUCCUUUGUGUGCUAUCCUAAUCUUGUCACCUGGGAUAUAAUCCUCCUAUGAAGGCUACAGUUACUCUAGUUCAAUAGAAGCUGCUGUUUCUACUCAAUCUUCCCCAGCAAUUUUAUAUCAACUUUCAGCCAUUUAAUACAGCUUCAGCACGGGCAGACCUAGCCAACUGUUCUAAUGUUAUAUUUCUGGGCUCAUAUCAAUACUUCGAGAAAGUGAGGACUGCAGAUGCUGGGGAUCAAAGUCGAGAGUGUGUGCUGGAAAA